AUGUCAGCAGAGCUGGGAGAGCCGGUCAGCAGAGCCGGGAGAGCCAUCAGCAGAGCUGGGAGAGCUGGUCAGGGCAGAGCCGGGGAGAGGAACCGCAGAGCCGGGAGAGCCGUCAGCAGCCGGGAGAGCCGUCAGCAGAGCUGGGAGAGAGCUGUCAGCAGAGCUGGGAGAGCUGGUCAGCAGAGCAGGAGAGCUGUCAGCAGAGCCGGGAGCUUGGUCAGCAGAGGGGAGAGCUGGGUCAGCAGAGCCGGGGAGAGACUGGCUCAGCAGAGCCGGGAGAGCCAGUCCGCAGAGCCGGGAGAGCUGCCGCAGCAGAGCCGUGGAGAGAGCCGCAGAGCUGGGAGAGCUGGGUCGGGCAGAGCUGGGAGAGAUGUCAGCAGAGCUGGGAGAGCUGGCCCAAAGCAGAGCUGGGAGAGCCGUCGCGGAGAGCUGAGAGCUGUCAGUAGAGCCGGGAGAGCUAGUUCAGCAGAGCCGGGGAGAGCUGGUCAGCAGAGCCGGAGAGCUAGCUGGGAGAGACGCCGCAGCUGGGAGAGCCGGGAGAGCUGCCGGCAGAGCUGGGAGAGCUGGGAGCAGCGGAGAGCUGGGAGAGCUGUCCCGGAGAGCCUGAGCAGAGCCGGGAGAGCUGGGUCAGUCAGUGCCGGGAGAGCUGGGCUGGCCGCAGAGCUGGGAGAGCUGGUCAGUAGAGCCGGGAGAGCUGUCAAAGCCGCCGGAGAGCUGGCCGCAGAGCUGGGAGAGCUGGGCAGCAGAGCUGGGAGAGCCGGCCGUGCCGGAGAGCCGGGCAGAGCUGGGCCGCAGAGCUGGGAGAGACGCCGCAGAGCUGGGGAGAGCUGUCAGCAGAGCCGGGAGAGCUGGCUGAGAGCUGUCGCAGAGCUGGGAGAGCUCGUGUCAGCAGAGCCGCAGGGAGAGCUGUCUGCAGAGCUGGGAGAGCCUGGGUCAGUAGAGCUGGAGAGCCGCUGUCAGCAGAGCUCGGGAGAGUUGUCAGCUGCAGAGCUGGGAGAGCUGUCAGAAGAGCUGGAGAGUCAAGCUGGGAGAGCUGUCAGUGCAGAGCCGGGAGAGCUGGGUCAGCAGAGCUGGGAGAGCUGGGAGUCAGAAGAGCCGGGGAGAGCUGUCAGCAGAGCCGGGAGAGCUGUCAGCGAGCCGGGGAGAGCUGUCAGGCAGAGCCGGGGAGAGCUGUCAGCAGAGCUGUCAAAGGAGAGCAGUCAGCAGAGCUGGGAGAGCUGGCAGAGCCUGGGAGAGCUGGGAGAGCUGGGAGAAGCUGGGAGAGCAGGUCAGCAGAGCCUGGGGAGAGCUGCCAGGCAGAGCUGGGAGAGCUGUCAGCAGAGCUGGGGAGAGCUGUCAGAGCCGGCAGAGCUGGGGAGAGCUACAGUAGAGCUGGGAGAGCUGGGAGGGCAGAGCCGGGAGAGCUGUCAGUAG